AUGCAGCAAAGGACACUUCUAACACCUCCAACACCUCCAACCGAGGAAGAGAGGGAGUUCUAUUACUAUGGGCUUCCUUCUCGCCCUAUACUUAUCGCACGCUCCAGCACUCAAGCUUGGGUAGAUCCACAGAUGCCUGGGACAUUGAAUAUGUGUCCCAGAGUUCUUCAACCAGUUGGAGAGCAUCCCUUAUUGCACCAGCUGUGGAACAACGCGGCAUCUUCGCUAAGGGCCCAGAUCUUACAAGCAGUUAGCGCAGCUGACUGGACUGCCGUUGAUAUUUUACGUGUCGGGCUUAAUGGCGAAUUGCAUAUUACCCUCAUGGUGGCUGUUAAGCCUGGUACAUUAUCAUGGAGCGACGGAUAUGCUAUUGCAAUGGAAUGCAAAUCGAUCUUUGAAGCCCAUAAUAUUCAUGGAGUGGAUUGCGAAAUUCGAGAAUCCCUUGUGAAUUUCUGUAGGGAUUUCACCGCCGAGUCCACCGCCGAGUCCACCACCGAGAGGCCAGCCACCUUUCAGCUAUCGUCGGCACCAAUACUGGAUGGAAUGGUCUAUGCUGAGCAUUGGGCAGAUAUGUCUGAUUGCCUCGGGACUAAAAUUGCGAUGAAGCAUAUGGACGAUAGGUCUGGCACAAAGGGCUUAUACCUCUCUCUUCAAGCAUCUUCGACUACAGGCGAACCCAAGCUCCUAGCUUUGACUUGCAGACACGUGGUUAUUGACUCCAAAACAGAAGGUUUGGAGAAAUACUCUCGCCAAGAGCUUGGUAACUCAAAGGAUGUUAUUCAGAUAGACCAACCGACCUACCUGGAGACUAUCAACUACAUGAGAAAGAAGGCCAAAGGGGCUCGGAAUUAUGCUAAACAAUACACCGAUCGGGGAAACACUGACUACGCUGCGUCAUUUACAAAGGUAGCCAAGACCGCAACCACUCUCAGACGAGCUAUGGAACCGUUUGUGUCCCCUUCCUCUAGGGUGUUUGGCCAGCUUCUUUUUUCACCCGAAUUGGCAUGUAUAACGGACCCUAGCCGUGGCAGCAACUGGUUGAGGGACUGGGCAUUGAUCGAAUUACUUCCUGAGUGCCACCAAGCUCCCCUUUGUUCGAUUCAAAACAAGGUUUAUGUUGGGCCGGAAGAUGACUUUGAGAGACUUCUUACCAAACAGAAGGGUGGAUUAGAGGGAUUUCUUAUACCAGACAUGCCUAUUGUGGAUGGCUGCAUCGAGCUGAAGGAAGACGUGGUUACUAUGGACGAAAUUCUGAGUCCUUCUCAAAAUUCCGAGCACUUUAAUACUCCAAUGCUGCCGGUGAUGAAGUAUGGAGCAAAGGGGGGGUUGACGCUGGGUCUCGGCAACACUUUGGUGUCGAUUCUUCGCCAUACAGAAACUCCAGAUGGGGAUAGAGAAAUGAUGAGUGAAGAAUGGGCCAUAGUACCCAUUGAAAAGGCUAACAAUGAGUAUCAAGCGGCCUUCUCGACUAAGGGAGAUUCUGGGUCAUGCGUCUGGGACAUGAAGCGGCGCCCUGCGGGUAUUCUCUCAGCAGGCGCAAGCCAGAAUAGGUUGAACGACAUCACAUGCCGUAAUAGUAGCAGCAUUAUGUGGAGGGUACCCUUUAGGCACAUUGCCUUUUGCAUUGGUCUAAACGCCAGAGAUUGGUCCCCAAAGUACAUGGUACACUUAGGUAACGAUCUCUGCUACUACCACUGCCCUUCUGCUAUCAUUGACAGGGGAUGCUGGAUAGCCAACCUGGAUCUUAGUUUCUUGGUGUGA